AUGUUUGAUCUCCCUCUAUACUUUAUCAAAAUUAGUUUCGUUAUUGGGUCUACGGUGGCAGUGGCUGCACUGCUUGGAAUCUACAAAUACCAGGGCAGCAUCAUAUACCCCUCUGGUCUGAACGGGGCGCGGGAUCACGUCGAUACUCCGGCCGAGUACGGGCUGGCCUACGAGGAUCUGAGUCUCAAGACCAAGGACGGCGAGACCCUCAACGGCUAUCUCCUUCUGCACGACAAGAACAGCAUCGACUACACGAACAAAACGGUGAUGAUCUUGUCGCCCAAUGCCGGCAACAUCGGCCAUUUCCUGCCCGUUGUGAAAUACAUCUACGAACAGUUGCGGUACAACGUUUUGAUCUACUCCUACAGAGGCUACGGCAAGUCGACCGGGACGCCGAGCGAAACGGGGCUCAAGAUCGACGCCGACACCGUGAUGGAGUACGUCGCGUCGCACACGCAGCUGGCAGAGUCGUCGCUUGUUCUGUACGGCCGGUCGCUCGGCGGCGCCGUCACCCUCUACAUUGCGGCCCACUACGCGAAUCUCGUCGCCGGCAUCAUCCUGGAAAACACGUUUCUGAGCGUUCGCAAGGUCAUUCCGCACAUAUUCCCGAUUUUGUCGCCGUUCAGGGCGCUGUGCCACGAGAUCUGGGCGUCCGAGGACGAAAUUGCGCGCAUCCCAGAUACCAUUCCUAUUUUAUUUUUGAGCGCGCUCGAGGACGAGAUCGUGCCGCCCGAGCACAUGCGCACGCUGUACGAGCUGAGCAAGUCGAAAAACAAGACCUGGAAGGCGUUUGCCGGAGCACACCACAACGACACCAUCGUGCAACCCAAAUACUGGGACUACUUCUACGAGUUCAUGCGCAACAUCAAUCCUGUUGAAAAAUAG